AUGACCGCAACAAUUCAUCUCGUACGGCAUGCCCAAGGCUAUCACAACCUCUCCAAGGAGAACGAGCUCCUGCACGACCCGGACCUCACCCCGCUCGGCGAGCGCCAGUGCGACGAGCUCCGCGCAUCCUUUCCGCACCACACCGAGAUCACCGCCAUCGUGUCGUCGCCGAUGCGCCGCGCGCUAUCCACCAGCAUCCUAGCCUUUGGGCAGGACCAGCUGUACCCCGUGGUGGCGCUUGAGGACCUGCAGGAGGUCUCGGACCUGCCCAGCGACACCGGCAGCGAGGUCGCGGCCCUCGGCGCCGAGUUCGGGCACAAGGUCGACCUGCGGCACGUCAGCCGGGAUUGGACGGACAAGACGAUGGCGAGCUCGUUCCAGGCGGAGCUGGGAAAGCUAGAGGCGAGGGCUCGACGGGCAAGGCUGUGGCUGCGGGAGCUGGCCCGAGGUCAGGGGGAUGGCCACAUUGUGGUGGUGGCUCAUGGCGACUAUAUGCACUUCCUCACCGACGAGUGGCAAGGCGUCCCCGAACUGGACUUCUACGUUUGGAAGAAUGCCGAGUACCGCUCGUAUCAAUUCAACGAUGUGCACAGCUCUGAUGAAGAUGCCCUCCUAAUAGAGACAUCGGAAAGUUGGAUCCGGCGACAGGGCACCGAGCGCCGCCCAACACGCGCUCAGCAGGAAGAAUGGAAACGUAUAGUCUAUCAGAGGCUCAACCCGCUUUAUGCAGCCAUGGGUCUACCGAAAGCAUAUGAGUCAAUCCAGUACAAAGACAGACUGUCCUCGGUUUCCAUAAAGGCUCUCGCCCCGACAUGUCCAGUCCCUCCUCAAUCUGCGGCUGCUGUCACUAGACCACGCUCGAAUACGGCGAUCCCCGAUCCUCCCGGCCAGCCCCGUGCCGCGGCGUCUUGGACGCGCGGUCCGUCACGAUCUCCACCGCGGCCAUCAGUCCGCGCACGCCGCGGCGCAGCACGUCAUGUCGGCGACCUCUCAGUGCCGCUCCGGCAGCCAGGCGGCAGGACGUUCAUGCCGCCGGAGCUCUGGAUGCACUCAACGAUGCAGCGGGCCGGCGACCGGCACGAUUUGGAGGUCGACUAUGCGCCAGCCAGCGUCGUCUUGAUCGCGGCAGUCGUGUUCAGUCGUGGAAGCUGCUGCGAGUAUAAGGUCAUCAUCGAGCCCGACACCGGAUCUGAAGGCCUCUGGGUACCUGGCGCAUCCCCGGCCAACGGCCGCACGGGCGACGAGUCGGUCUACUUUGACAGAGACGCGAGCACCUCGGCGCAGGACCUGAACACGGAAUCGGGGCUUCAAUAUGGCGCUGGCGGCAAGGAAACAGUCUGGUUCAACAUGAUUAGUGAUGAAGUCUCUGUUGGCGCCCGCGCACGAGCCUGGGACGCAUCGCCGGCGUCAUGGGCCUCCGUCCCUCCCCUAGCCAGAACAAGGGGGAGGGGCGACUUUGUUUCGCAGAAGCUCCUUGACAAGAAGAUUGUCAAGACCCGUGCGUUUAGCAUGGCCCUGCGCGAAAAGGACCAGGGCCUGCUUACGUUCGGCGGCUACGACACGAGCAAGUUUUCCGGAACCCUCGAGAGGCUUCCCCUCCAGCCGAGUUCGAGACACUACAUCGUCUCGGUCCAGUCCGUUUCCUUGACGGGCAGCGCUGGCAGUGGCAGCGAGACCGUCCUUGACGACCAAUCGAUCAAGAAGCCAUUGACCAUUGGCAUUGACUCUGGCUGGCCCGCUCUGGUCUUGAAGAGUUCUCUUUACAAGAUUGUCCAGGGCAAGCUUAAGGCAACACCGGGCUCGUUUGCUCAGAUGCGAGUGAGCUGCGACCUUGUCAGCGCCAAUUCGUCGCUCGACUUUAAAAUGACCGACAGCACCACGGUUUCGGUGCCCCUUGGCGACAUGUUGCUCAGAAAGAUUGGCGGUCACUUCUUGCGCCGAUUGCUUGUCGUAUAUGACCCGGAUGCGAGCUGCGUCUACGUCGCCCGUGGCGCCGACUGCGGCAUGAGCAUCGUUGCCAUUGAUGGCAAGAUGCCGACCGAUGCCGUCAAGGGCAAGUGCAACGAGCAGCCGGUCGCCGCUGAGCAGCCCGAUGCGAGCGCGCUGGUUAGCUUGGGGGUUCUGACCGAGGAGCAGCUCGGGAAGCUCAUGAAUCCCCGCAUUGAUGAGGAGUCAAAAUCUCCCACCGGGGUGAGAACAGAGAAGAAUGACAGACUUGGCGAUAGGUUUUGA